UGUCGGUACGCUAGGUCGGGCAGCUGCCUUGCCCAAACGGCGGUUGUGCAAGCAUUCGUGCCGCCAAUAGGCCCAAGUGCCCUGAGACCGCAAAUCUCGACGCCAACAGCUGCUGUCGCAGGUGCAAGCAUGCAACAGCACAUAAGCUCAUAGCUGCCAUGGCUGCUCCACCGCCGCCCGCGGAGUCCGUAGCCCAAAUAAGGAUGGAUCUGGAGCGCGAGAGCUGCUCCCUGGCCGCCGCCGUCGACCGCUUGACACCGCUACUCCUUGCGCUCCCAACACUAACGGCGGACGACGCGCACAAGCUCGCGACGCUGCUCAUAGCGAAAUCUACACAAGAGGGCCCGCGCCACGCGUCGGCCGCGCAAGCCUUGGACGCGGCGUUGAUUUUGGGAGGGGUGGCGGGCGUCCAGCUCCGGACCAAGGGCCCUGACAGUGACGCGCUGGCGGCCGCGGUGUGUCGCGCCGCGCGGCGGCCUCCCGCAACAAGUUGUCGCGACGCGUUCGUCGUCGGAAAAGAGUUAACUCAACAGGGCGGGCGCGCCGCGGACCGCUUGGCGGCGUCCACGGAACUGGUGACAAGGGCGGCGGCGGCGUUUGCCAAGGCGGCUUCCAUGAAAGUCACGCAACCCGAGGUGAAACAGAAGCGGCGCCUCGGCCCGCAGCGCCAGAAGCCCGCUGCUUCCAGUACGUCAUCGCCGUGCGAAGCCUUAUCAGCUCUAGACUUUGUGAAAGCCAUUGCGAGGCACGCGCCCGACGCGUUGCUGCGAAGGUGGCCCGACCUCCUCCCGCCCUCGAGGACGGGUUCUGGACCGUUAAUUGAACUGACGUCCCAUGCAUCAUUACGACCGAAGGCCUACGCCUGCUUGGCUGCUCUAGUAAGAGGCCCGGCGGGCGUGCGCGUCGUCUGCGGCGCCGAAGCGUCGAGCCCGUCGAAGUUCGCGGCCAGAGGCUUCGGCCCCGCGAUCCGAGAUGCGAUAGGUGCUCUGUAUGAUUUCUGCGCGUCGCAGGAUCACGACGACGUCGGCGUGCUCGUCGCGGCGUUGUGUAGUAAUGCGCCGCCGGUCGACGCGACUUCUGAAGCGUCGCUCCGCUCUUCAUUGAUAAAUUUAUUUAAGACGGCGCGCGAUACUAAAAGAAGUAUUUCGGCGAGGCGCAACGCCUGGAGCGCUCUUAAAUCAGCAGCAUCAUCAAAAAGUACAUCUACGAAAAAAGUCGUCGCGUCUUUACUCCCGGACCUGGGCAAGGAGUUGUUCGAAGCACAAGCUAUUGACGUGGUUGCGCGAUUGUGGGCGAACCAUGCGAAAAAGAUGCAGGCCAUCGACGCCGUCUUCGUGGUGCGGCCAGCUCUAACACUGGCAUUGAGCAAGGAGGGAAAAAAGGCCGCUUGUGAUGUGUUAGAAUCAAUCUUCACGCAAGCACCGGUCGCCUACGCGUCGUCGUGCCUACCGAACGUCUACGAUUGCCUCGCACCGCUCAUCAGGGACGACUCGUCGACCGUGCGGCAAGCCGCGUGUAAAGCAGCUGCAGCUUCACUUGAUAAGGAGGGCGGUUCCGUAGCUUCCUUGUUGAACGCACUGCGUGAGUUAGUACAAACAGAAAGCGACCCCGAGGUCGCGUCGAUUGCUUGUCGAGCUUUGGGGGUGGCUUGUAUGCACAUUGUCAAAAAGGAAGACGCGCAGACGUGUUGCGAAGUUUUGGGUCAGAGGGCCUCCUCAUCCAAAGAUAGUGUAGCGGUGCGGGCCCAAGCGGCCUUCGCGCUGGGUAGUAUCGCCAAGGCCCUCGUCGACAACCACUCAUCAGAAUACGUUGGGACCGACGACGCGUUACGCAUCUUAGAAGCGCCGGAGACGCGCGUGCGAGCGUCGGCGUUACGGGCGGCGGGCUACCUCGUCGCGUUGCGAGGCUUCGACAAGGCGUCCCGGCUGAGCGACGCGUUAGUUGAUUGUUGUGCCGACGCCUUGACCUCGAAGGAAUCUUCAACAAAACAAGCCCCUCCUAAGGUUCGGAGAAAUGCUUGUAUCGCUCUCUCGGUAGCCGUCUCCGCAACGGGCGAGAGCGUGACGCGGCGCCAGUGCCUUGAGUUAUUAGUAGAUGCGCUCCGGAUCUUCUCGACGGAAGUCGACGACGACCAGGACCGCAAGGCACUCGCGCGGGCCGCGGCCGCUCUGUCGAAAGCCGUGCCGUCCCAGUGUACGUCGGACGACGCGUUGGUCGGUGAGGCGUUACGAGGCGCCCUCGCCGGCUUAGUGCGGUGCGACGGCGAGGGGGCCUUUCCUUCUUCUUCCGACAAAAUUGUCCAGGAGGAGCGCGGGCCGAGGUUAGGCGACGCGCAACAACGACGCGCGGACCUCUUUGAGGCGCUCGGGGCGCUUGCUAUUGCGUUACUCGCGCACGGGUCGGCUCAACAGUUGCGAGCCUCGGAUCUAGGCGCGCGUUUGGAUUUUGCCUACGUCUGGCUGUCGCGGUCGGACGGCGACGCUGAUUUAUUCGAGAAGAUCGCGGCGGCGUUAGGGGCGGACCCGCCGCUCGCGCCCGCUUCGGCUUUGGAAAGGUGCCGCGCGCGCGCGCGGCUCCUGCGAGGUCGCGCCGAGGAGAGCGACGACGAGGAUGAACUCUAGAUUCUAAGUUUUG